AUGGCGUUUCUAAUGCCAUGCAUUUGCACCUUGAUCGUAACACCAUCUCCCGUGCAUGUACAUAAGCGCAGGACUACACCUAAGCAGCCUGUUGACGUGGCCCUCGGCUGGACUGCCUGCGGAGCCCACAAUGAGCCUAGCCGAAAUUGGCUCCAAGACAGCGGUCGGAAUGGUGUCGAGAUGGACUGUUUGUUUAUCCUAUCUAACUCGGCUGUAAUUUAUGUGACACGGGAAGAGGCAAAUAACAAUGCGCAUCUGCUUACUCCGAGGUGCCUUUCUACCGUGCCGAGGGAAUGCACCAACUGGCCGGAUCCGAUUGGGGAUAGCUCCGGUUCCCCCUCCAUCCUGGACGGACGGACAAACAGACAAACGGACAAACGGACGGACGACUUGAAGACAGCCGUGCGGUUGCUUGACUCCGAUCUGGCCUUGUCUGUCUCGGGCAAAUUGGCUCGUUCAUGCAUGGCCAAGCGAGAAGUAGCUGUUAUUGAUAGCCGCCGAUGGAGGCCCAAAAUGAGCUUCGCCCCAUCGGGAUCGCACGAGCGCCCUUAA